AUGUUGCUGAUAUUGAAAGAGAAAACAGGAGCUAAGGAAGAUAAAGACAGAAGAUGUAGCUUCACAGUUUUUAACUCUGGAUGUUGUUCCUCCAAUACAGAUGAGAUAGAUUAUGAUGAGUUCUAUAGAACCACACAGACACUUUUUGGUCCAGAAGUCAAGGAGCAUAACGUGAAGACCUUUUUCAUGAAAGUAAGCAACAAUCCUGAUGCAAGGACAGAAUGGUGUGAGAUUUUUGGCUAUUUCAUAGGAGGAAAAGGUGCUACGCCUUCCCAUUUCAAAGAGGAAAGCACAGUUUUCCUUACAUCUGAAAAACAGCAGAUUACUUAUCCAGUUGUCAAGGAACGAGAUAUGAUUACAAGUAUAGUGAAGGUACCCCAUCUGGAUUUCACUGUAACAUCCUCUCAGAAAGGAGUGCUAACUAUUUUUAACAAGAAGAUGAAAGUUCUGGCAACCAUCAGUGUUAAAGAUACGGCUUGGAUGAAUGGAUGUGAUUUCCUAACUCAGCUGAAAUGUGUUGUGGCUGUAACUGAAAGGACAAUCAUCGUCUGGGACUACACCUCAGUAGGGAAAAAGGGUAAUUACUUCAACAUCAAACCAAUGGAAAACAGUCUGCUCUGUGUUUGCACGGCAACCAUGUCUGAUCAAGUGGGUGAGGACAGUAUCCUAAUGGGAGAUGACAAAGGCUAUGUUUACUUACUUAAAGUGACCAGUGAUCACCUUGGAUUGAAGCAAUGUAAAGGUAAAAAAGAAUCUCAACUUCAGAUCUUGGAUUCCAAAGAUUUUAACAUUGUUAAACGCAAGCUUCACGCUGACUGGGUUUUGAAAGUUAAAUAUAUUUCUGACCUAAAUUGUUUUGGAUCCUGCUCCUCGGACAGCAUUCAUUCACUUGUUUUAGAUGACAUAAAGCGACUAGAGGACAACUUACCUGUAAAAGAAUUUUCUGUUCCUAGAGGAGUCAAUGCCUUCACGUACUGUGGAAAAGCAAAGGUCAUUGUCACUGGGGGUCAUGACAAACUCCUUCGUUUGUGGCAUCCCUAUGUUAAUACUAGGCCUUCAGGAAAGCUGUCUGGACAUCAGCACAGUAUUGUGGAAAUCGUGACGAAUGAAAAAGAUCAGCAUGUCAUCAGCCUUUCAUUUGCAAAGAUUUUUAUAGUUUGGGAUCUACAGACCCUUUCAAUACUGCAGGUCUUCCAGGAUCAAGGAUGUCCGAGAGCGAUUGAGACCCUUGCCAUGGUAUUUGACAAUGCUUGUGGCACACUUAUCACAGGUUCAACUGUCAUUGAUAUUUAUCCGCUAACGCACAUGAUACAAGAUACAAAACAGGUCCCAAAAACACAUGAGAAAAGCAUAAAUGUUCUGGCUUAUAACAGGGCUUUUAACCAAAUCCUCACUGUCUGCUCUGAGUCAAUUCUGAAGGUGUGGGACCUAGAAACAGGAUAUCAAAUAUACCAGAUUGAAGAUGCACAUGGGCUGAAUAUUGAAGUGACCUGUGCAGCAAUUGAAAUAAAUGGUUUCUAUCUUGCUUCUGGAGCUUGUGAUGGAACAGUGAAAAUUUGGAAUUUUGGCAGUGGACAGGAAGUUAAAGCCUUGCCUUUGACCCAACAUAGCAAAAAUGAACACUGCCUGUUGAAGUUAGUCUAUCUGAAGGCUACUGAGAGUCAACAUGUUCUUCUUGUUUUGGAACAGAGUGGGAAAAUGAAAAUCAUUCAGGGUAAUGAAAUGCAAAGAUAUCUAAAGGUUACGUGGGUGCUUCCUGAGGCAGUGUUGUUUCUACAAAGAAAUUCAGUUGAAUUUCUGUCACUGAAUCCAGACACUUUACAAAAACAUGAAUUUUUUCCUGAUAUACAGCUACCACCUGAUACCACUUCUCUAAGCAGUGAUGCAGAGGGAUUUGUGCCUUCUGUGGAAAUGAAGUGCUUUGAUGUUUUAAAAGUAGAAGGAUAUAGCUUGAUAACUACAGGAAGUAAAAAUGGUGCAAUAAUUGUGUGGGAUUUUGAAUCUGCUUCUGUCAAAUACAUGUGUAAACUUAAUGAGAACAGCCAGGCUUCAGUUCCUCAAGCAUCAGGAGUCAAUGCUGUGUUAUUCCUCGUGCAUAGUGCUUCCUCUUCCAGGAAAAUUAGCUCUCUAUCCUCUACUGCUGUUGUGAGUAGUGAUAUUGACACUGACAGAGAUAUUGAUGAUCUCCCAGAGCACAAGAACAGCCAUUUGAACCAAAAUAAGGAAAAUGCAAGAAGUGAUGAAAACAGUACUCGGAUGACAGCAGCAGAAGGCGCACUUAAGUAUAAGUAUAUCCAGUACUCAAAGACAAAUGCACAAUUACCCAGGGAUGUAGGAAGAUGCACACCAAUACUGGCUUCUGCUCAUGAAAAUGGCUGCAUCUACUUAUGGAGUAUUCAGGGGAACUUACUGAAAGAAAUUUUGCCAUUUUCAAAAUAUCAUCCAGUUCCUCUAACAGCAAUAUGUACAGACAUCUCUACUAAAAUGCUUCUGGCAGGCAGUAAGGAAGGACAUAUUAUGUGCUGGAGCAUUGUCUCAUUCUUAGAAGAUCCACAAAACAGUAAGAAUCAAAUAAAGGAGGAGCUCUGUUGGAUGGCACACUCUGCUGAAGUCAUUGACUUAUUUUAUGAAGAGCAGAAAAAUGUGGUAGUAACAGCAUCUGUUGAUGGUUCAGUCAGACUCUGGCAUGCUAUGAAUGGAUGCUAUCUUGGUUACUUUGGACAGCCCAGGAAAUUUGAAUUAUCAGAUCUCAGUCGAUUGAUUUUGCCUUGUGAUGUUAAAGAUGUUCCUAUGAUACUGAAAGAGGAAAGCAAGCAUAUGGAAAAGAAGAGCAUACCGGACAAAGACAAGUGGAAAUCAACUAAAUCACCUUCAAUUUUAAAAAAAGAUAAACAUAUAGACACAAUUCAGGACUUGAAGUUUUUCAAAGCUCUGGCUUCUCCAAAGCUUCCUAGACAACCUGUGGAGAGCAUUGAGUCAGGAAGCAAAGUGACUGGUGCAGUAUUUGGGCAUCUUCCUAUAUAUGAGCUUAAGAAGCCAGCUGAAGAGAGCAUCCUUCAGAAUCCUCAGUGGAACAAACCUGAGAUGUCCACUCUAACUGAAUUGACAGUGGAGACAGAGCUCAGUAAAGAACAGAAUCAAGAAAAGUAAACAUUAUGUUCAUCUUAAGUGUACAGGAUGGGAGAGACCACAUCUGCUAUGACUGACAUGAACAGACCAGGGAUAUCCUACACCAUAUAAUGUCCAGCUCAGCAAUAAAAGACUGGGAAAAGGAGGAGAAAGAUGAGGUGAUGAAGGCGUCCGUCAUAUUAAGUAACCACUAUGUGUGCUGUGGCCAUUCUUCUCAGGUAGUGGCUAAACAUCUGCCUUGAAGUAGUGAAUGAAUUCAUUCUUUUUUCAGAAGAAAAGCAGAGACACUCAAUUUUAUUGAAUGGACAAGCUACUAAAGCACUGCACUAUACAGAAUUAACUAGAAGAAUAGACACCUAUUGUAUCCUAGACAACAAAGGAUGCUACAGGAAAGAAAUUAAGAACAGAAAAGCUUAUCAGACAAUUGAUAGUUCCAAAGAUAUUUUUCAGGCAGUCUUUUCAAUGCUAGAUCUAACACAAAGCUGUUUGCUAACUGGCUUGUUGAGUAUUAGUUGUGAAUUUUCUGUUGAUGUCUCUGCAUUCCUUUGGAAGCUAUUUUUCCUCUACAAUCCACAGUUAUAGUUCAGGCUUAAAUGUUUUAGGUGUAUCAGUUGUUCUGUUGUUUCAGAUCAUUACAAUAUUAUGGAAAGGUAUCCUAAUUAAGACAACCUUUUUCAGCAUGGCAGAAACUUAUGCUUGAACUGGCUGCAAUAGUUAGUUUGCCAGAAUUUCAUUACAGCCUUUGCUAGUGCUUUACAGAAUUUGGGAAGUUCUUCAGGUGCCCUCACCCACUGUGGUAGUUCAAUCUGAAUGGCAUCAACAACACCAGAAUGACAGGAGCCAAAAGUCUUUGUUAUGUAUCCACCACUAUAAUAGUUCCCAUUAUUUGGGCUAGGAUUGGAUGGAGAAGGCACACAAACAUAACUGUUAUUUUGUUCUUCAAUAUAUUUACCCAAACUUCUAUUCCCUGCAAGCAGAGUCUCGAAAGGCACACCGACUAGCUGACUGGCCAGAUAUCUAAUGGAGGAAUUUGAUGCAGAGAGGACACCUGAGUUAAGAGAAGUUUUUGAAAGUGUAUAACCUAAUUCUAUCCACUGCUCGGGAUGUGCUUGUCCAUGGAUAUCCAAAAUCAGGCCCCCUGUCAUCUGUGAUUUUGCAGUAGUCAAAAAUCCCAUGUAAUCCUCCCAGGCCUGUUCUGCUUGGGGGACUCCGAAGGAGGCCUCUUCCUUUUCCCUGUUGGCAUCCAUCUUGAACCUCUGUAAGUGGUUAAUAACAGUAUGUGGAAAGAAACCAUCAGUAAUUUUGUUGAUUUCCUCAGCAAGAGCUUGAGCCACUUCUAUAGUAUACCUGUCUUGUUUGGUAGAUACUUUACAAUUUAUAUAACUUUGAAUGCUUCCAGGAGGACACUCAUGAGAGAAAAUACAAGAAGAUGUCUCUGCAUCCCAACAGCCAGCCUCUCGGUCAGGGAUGUCUUCAGGUUCCAUUGACCCACCAUGUGGGACAGAGAGGAUAAGGUUCAUGUUGCCCACUUGAUACUCAGUGAAAUGAUUAUGGCCAAAUAUAACUUCUCUGCUGCUAGUGGGUUUCAGAAGCAAAUUUAGAAUGGAAAGGAGGAACAGAUACAUAGUUUUCAUUUUCUGCUGGAAGGCUCCGCAAAAAAGAAUAUGGCAGAACCUGCAUAAAAGCAAAAGAGAAAUUUUUGAUUAUUCACAAAUGAAAAUAUGCGAGUGUAGCUGCUACUAGAAAAAUCAGCUACUAGUUAACCUAUUCUACUUUAACUCCAAGUAGUACAAAGAAUAAAAGGACUUUCAAGAGACGCAAAAAAUGAACAGCGUACUUUGUGUGGCUAGAUGUAAUUGAUGCAGUGUUUCCAAAAGAGUGGAUUCUGUCAGAAUAAUAGGGCAAUGGAAAUAGUAGGUUAUUGGAUCUCCUUUAUUCCCUGAGAAAGAACAAAGAUUGAUCACAUCAUCUGACCCUAGAGAAUCACUAGAUCUGAGCAAAAUAAUAAAAAUAAACAUUUUCCUAACUAAGCG